UGGCGAUUUUGUGUCCUUGGAAAUAAAAAGCGCCAGUGUUUUUCGGGCUAACCGGGGGGAUGUCUCGCCGGUGAGAGCGUGUGUCCGGUGUCCGGAGCAGAUGCAGUGAAGGGAUAGAAGAUGAAAAUACACAAAAAGGACAAGCAGCAGAUGUUCACUGGUCUCCUGAAGCACACGCCACCUUCGGCCUCCGCUGCAGCAGCCUCCUCCUCUGCCUCGGACCAAAACAGCAACGCACAAACUACAGUUCCUACAAUCCCACGGGGACACCUGGUCGUGGGCCCCAAGGACCAGCUCCGCCUCCUAACCCCCGUGGGCAGCACGGCGACGUCCAAUCACUGCACGGCCGCCGGGGCCCACGCCACUGAGCGCUCCAGAGGAGCCCCCCGACCUCCUUCGUCCCUGAGCGAGGAGGAUGAUGGAGGAGGUGGAGGCAGGGUAAAGAAGAAACGAAAGAAAAAGGACAAGAGAGAAUGGGAGAGAGGAGGAGGGGAGGGGGAGGAAAGGGAAUGCAGCAAACCAAAGAAACGAAAGGAUGAGAAGGUGGCAACAGUGGUCACGCUGAGGAAGAGCAAGGAGCCCAAGGAAGGCAAAGAGCGGAAGGAGCGCAAGACCAAGGGGAGGGAGGGCAGGAAAGAGAGCAGGGCAGACCUAAAGAAUGUGGGAUCGGGGAAAGUGCCAGGCGCUGCAGUAGCCCCCGGACCGGCUCAGGUGCCCGUUAAGGUGCCUGGCAAAAGAGGAAGGAAACCGAAGGUCAAAGUCCUACCUCCUGUACCCACGAAUCAAGCACCUCCAUCUGCCUCAGGACUCCACUCUAAGGUCCAGGGGCAGGUCCAAGGCGGCCAGGCCAGGAACCAUGGCCAGGCCAACAGCAAGACCCCAGUCCCCUCAGCGCCAAAACAGAGGGGCCGCAAACCCAGAGACCCUGGUGCAGCGCCAGUGGAGAAGAAGAAGAAGGGGAAGAGGAGAAACCAGGAGCUGGCUGUCCAGGAGGCGGUGGAGAGCGACGACACUACCUCAAUGUCAGCCCUCAACAUGGGUGGAGAGGACAGCCAGGACCCCCUGGAUAAUGCGAAGCGGCGUUCAGGACGACAGGUCAAGAGGAGGAAAUACAACGAGGAUUUGGACUUUAAGGUGGUGGAUGACGAUGGAGAGACGAUUGCGGUUCUUGGAGCCGGUCGCAUCUCGGCGCUUAACGCCACCGCGCUGGCAUGGCAGGCCGAGGAGCCACCUGAAGACGAGGCCAACAUCAUUGAGAAAAUUCUAUCUGUCAGAACAGUGAAGAAAGAGACUUCAUCGUCAGAGGACCAAGUGGAGGAGACAGAGGAGUUUUACGUCAAGUACAGAAAUUUUUCCUACCUACACUGCAAAUGGGCCACGCUGGAGGAGCUAGAGAAAGAUCCCAGAAUCCACCAGAAGAUCAAACGCUUCAGGACCAAACAGGCCCAGAUGAAACACCUGUUCGCCGAGCCUGAUGAAGACUUAUUUAACCCAGACUACGUAGAGGUGGACAGAGUGCUGGAGGUGGCUGUUACCACAGAUACUGAGACCGGAGAGGAGGUGACCCAUUACCUCGUUAAGUGGUGCAGUCUCUCGUAUGAGGAGGCGACGUGGGAGCUGCAGGAGGACCUGGACCCGGAGAAGAUCAAAGAGUUUGAGGAGAUCCAGAAGCUGCCGGCAGACCUCAGACACACCGAACGUCCUCCUCCGGAAAAAUGGCAGAAGCUGGAGAACUCCAGAGAUUACCGCAAUGGAAACCAGCUCAGAGAAUACCAGUUAGAGGGAAUGAACUGGUUACUGUUCAACUGGUACAACAGAAAAAACUGCAUCCUGGCAGAUGAGAUGGGUUUGGGAAAGACCAUCCAGUCCAUCACCUUCCUGUAUGAGAUCUUCAACAUGGGGAUCCGCGGCCCCUUCCUCAUCAUCGCCCCCCUGUCCACCAUCACCAACUGGGAGAGGGAGUUCCGCACAUGGACGCACAUGAACGUCAUCGUGUAUCACGGCUCCCAGAUCAGCCGGCAGAUGAUCCUGCAGUACGAGAUGUUUCACAGAGACCCACAGGGCAACACUAUCCCAGGUGUGCUGAAGUUUCACGGGCUGAUCACCACCUUUGAGAUGAUCAUGGCCGACUGUCCGGAGCUGAAGAAGCUGCACUGGCGCUGUGUGGUGAUCGACGAAGCUCAUCGCCUGAAGAACAGGAACUGCAAACUGCUGGAGGGCCUCAAACUCAUGAACCUGGAACACAAGGUUCUGCUAACAGGAACCCCUCUGCAGAACUCUGUGGAAGAGUUGUUCAGUCUGUUGAACUUCUUGGAGCCGCUGCAGUUUCCCUCAGAGAGCAGCUUCCUGGAAGAGUUUGGAGACCUGAAAACAGAUGAACAGGUGAAGAAGCUUCAGGCCAUUUUGAAGCCCAUGAUGUUACGGAGACUGAAAGAUGAUGUAGAAAAAAACCUGGCACCUAAAGAAGAGACCAUCAUAGAGGUGGAGCUGACCAACAUUCAAAAGAAAUACUACCGAGCCAUCUUGGAGAAGAACUUCUCCUUCCUGUCCAAAGGAGCAAACCAACACAAUAUGCCCAACCUCAUUAACACCAUGAUGGAGCUCCGCAAGUGCUGCAACCACCCCUACCUUAUCACAGGAGCAGAGGAGAAGAUUCUGGAAAGCUUCAAGAAGAGCCACAGUCCGGACGCGGUGGACUUCCAGCUGCAGGCCAUGAUUCAGGCAGCUGGUAAACUGGUGCUGAUUGACAAGCUGCUGCCCAAACUGCUGGCCGGGGGACACAAAGUCCUGGUCUUCUCCCAGAUGGUCCGCUGUCUGGACAUCCUGGAGGACUACCUCAUCCAGAGACGAUACACGUAUGAACGCAUCGACGGCCGCGUGCGAGGGAACCUGCGGCAGGCGGCCAUCGACCGCUUCUGCAAGCCGGACUCGGACCGCUUUGUUUUCCUGCUGUGCACCAGAGCCGGAGGGCUGGGAAUCAACCUGACGGCCGCCGACACCUGCAUCAUCUUCGACUCGGACUGGAACCCCCAGAACGACCUGCAGGCCCAGGCACGCUGCCACCGGAUUGGCCAGAGCAAAGCGGUGAAAGUCUACAGGCUGAUCACCAGGAACUCGUACGAGAGGGAGAUGUUUGAUAAAGCCAGUCUGAAGCUCGGGUUGGACAAAGCCGUCCUCCAAGACAUCAACCGUAAAGGAAGCCUCAAUGGGGUGCAGCAGCUCUCUAAGCUCGAGGUGGAGGAUUUGUUGAAAAAAGGAGCAUAUGGAGCCCUGAUGGACGAAGAAGACGAGGGCUCUAAGUUCUGCGAGGAAGACAUCGACCAGAUCCUUCAGAGACGAACUCAGACCAUCACCAUCCAGUCUGAGGGGAAAGGAUCCACGUUUGCAAAGGCCAGCUUCAUCUCAUCUGGUAAUAGAACGGACAUUUCUCUAGACGACCCCAACUUCUGGCAGAAAUGGGCCAAGAUCGCGGAAGUGGAGAUCGACUCCAAAUCUGAGAAGGAGUCCUUGGUGAUCGACACGCCUCGGGUGAGGAAGCAGACCCGACACUACAACUCCUUUGAGGAUGACGAGCUGAUGGAGUUCUCAGAGCUGGACAGCGAUUCAGAGGACCGGCCGUGUCGCACUCGUCGCCUGGGCGAGCGCACUCGGCGGUACCUCCGCGCCGAGUGCUUUCGGGUCGAAAAGAAUCUGCUUAUCUUUGGCUGGGGUCGGUGGAAGGACAUCCUAAACCACGGUCGGUUUAAAUGGCACCUGGCAGAGAGAGACAUGGAGGUGAUCUGUAGGGCUCUGCUGGUUUACUGCCUGAGACACUACAAAGGUGACGACAAGAUCAAGAGCUUCAUCUGGGAUCUGAUCUCACCCACCAAGGAAGGCCAGGACCAGGCACUGCUCAAUCACUCUGGUUUAUCAGCUCCGGUUCCUCGGGGUCGGAAGGGGAAGAAGCUGAAGAAUCAGUUAAAUGUUCCUGAGGUGAAGAACGCCGACUGGCUGGUCCACUGUAACCCUGAGGUGGUUCUGCAGGACGAGAGCUACAAGAAACACCUCAAACAACACUGCAACAAGGUGCUGCUGAGGGUGAGGAUGUUGUACUACCUGAAGGUGGAGGUCCUGGGUGAGGCUGCCAGUCAGGCUCUAGAGGGGAUACCUGCCAGUAAACUUGAGGUGUCACUACCAGACAUCGACUACAUAGAGAUUCCUACGACGUGGUGGGAUGCAGAAGCUGACAAGUCUCUCCUCAUAGGAGUCCACAAACACGGAUAUGAGCGGUACAACGCCAUGCGUGCCGAUCCAGAACUGUGUUUCCUGGAGAGGGUGGGGAUGCCCGACGUCACAGCGCUGUCUGCUGAACAGGGUGGAGGAGAGGGGGCCUCCGACAUGGCUGACAGUGUGUGCAAAACCGAGGAGGCGAAGGACGACACUGAGAGCAAAGCUGAUGGAGGCGAGGACAGAGACGAGAGCAUGAAGGGAGAGGAAACCUGCUCCAGCACCGAUACCUCAGACAAGCCGGACAGUACAGGUCCAGACUCCCAGAUGUCAGGUGACUUGUGCGCACAGGAUGGGACUUUGGUCACCACGACGACAGCAGGAACAGGGACGGGUGUGGCGGCUCUACAUGUGGUCCAGGCCCGACCGCUCUGGCCCACCGGACCAGCUUUGACGGCGCGUUUACGACGCCUCAUCACCGCCUACCAGCGGUUCACGAUACGCCGCGAGCCGCUGCUCAGGCACGACUUCCUGCUCCACGACGGCCUCGUCGGCAUGGGGAUGGGAGGAGCCGGAGCCUCUCACAGUCAUCACGCCGGCGGGCCGCUGGCCUGGCAGCUGGGCGAGGAGCUGAGGAGGUGUCCUGUGGUCGCAGCAGAGCCUGACCCCCUGUUUCUGGAGUGGCAGAGAAGGUGGACUCGUCGAGAGCAAGCAGACUUUUACCGCACCGUGUCGUCGUUUGGGGUGGUGUACGACCCAGAGACGAAAACCUUCGACUGGUCCCAGUUCCGAGCGCUGGCCCGACUGGAGAGGAAGACGGACGAGAGUUUGGAGAGAUACUUCAACUCCUUCGUCAACAUGUGCAGGACGGCCUGCAAGCUGCCUCCGAGGAAGGAAGAAGGGCUGGUGGAUCCCGCUGUGCAGGUAGAGCCUCUGACGGAGGAGAGAGCAGCCCGGACUUUAUACCGCAUCGAGCUGCUCCGCAAGAUCAGAGAGCAGGUCCUCCGUCAUCCGUUACUCUCGGCCCGCCUCCAGCUGUGCCGCCCCUCCCUCUACCUCCCGGUCUGGUGGGAGACAGGAAAACACGACCGCGACCUCCUCAUUGGGGCAGCACGCCACGGCUUGAGUCGGACCGACUUCUACAUCCUCAACGACCCCCAGCUGUCCUUUGUGGAGGCUCAGAGGAACUACGUCAGGGUGCAGCCCCCUCAUGUUCAUCCUCAGAGUCAUCACCACCCUCACCAUCCCGGCUUGGCGGCUCAUCCUGGCAUCACAUCCUCAUCUUCCUCCUCGUCGCAUCCGCAGCUGCCUCAUCCUCACUGCUGCCUGUACGACUCGGGGCUGGGUCACCACUCCCCUCAGCCUCCCGAGUAUCCCCACCAGUCCUCUCAACACCACCAUCAUCACCACCAGCAUCACACUGUGCCUCCAUCGGCUCCUUCUCCUUCCUCCUCCUCCUCCUCUUCCUCUCACCCUCACCUCCACCCCCCACCACUGGAUGCCCACGAUUCGGCCUCACCGAGCCUGGGAAUAGUGCCUGGGUCACGGGGAGAUUUCCUGGACUGUCCUCCUUUGGAUGAAACCCUGGAGCUGAGUUCCCUGCAGCAUGACGCCAUGUCUGCAGAGGCUUUACACGGAGGGAAGGCAUCGAAAGACGCCCUCAAUGGUUUCCCCUUCAACUCGGCUGCAGGAGGUCAAAGCAUGCUCAACUCGUAUGGUGUCGGAGGAACGGACCUGGAUUCAAAACUAAGGAGUGACGUGCUUGUUGGUGAGCAGGGCUCGUCAGAGGAGACUGGGCUGAUGGCGCCAUCAGUGGAGCUGGACCAGUUACAGGCUCCCUGGGACGGUACAGACCACUCCAGUCCUGCUCACCACAUGUUCAAUGAAUCUGAUCCAAUCCUGGGUCCCUCCACUCUGGAGACUGGCUUUCUGGAGGAGGAGGAUGAGGAGGCACAAGGGGGAGACAGAGGAGGGGAGGAAGGCGGAACUCUGGAGGAGUGCUUGGGCCUCCCACCCUCAUCCUCUCCCUCCCACCCCUCUGCAGGAGAUUCUGUGGAGCCGCUGUCCUCGAGUUACAUGCUCUUUAAGGACAUUGGCGUGAGCGAGGAGCCCAGUGCGGAUCAGACGGACCUGUCAGCGAGCCCCCCUCCGCCCUACGUCCCCCCUCCUCCCCUCUCUCUGUCUGACAUCACUGCCCAUGAGCCGCAGGAUAGGCUGGGCCACUCUGAUGUCACUGAGAGCCUGAGCAAUCCUGUGGACGAGGCAGAGGACCGGGAAGGAGGUGCCGGGUUUGAGUUUGAUGACAAAGAGGAAGAAGAUGCGGAAGACUUGUCGGGGGAGGCCAUGGAGCAGAACGUGGAAAAACAAGCAGAUCAAAGUCUGGAAAGAGAGCCAGGUGAUGCAGAGCAAGGGGUGUGCCAAAAUUUGGGAGUCUUGAAUCCAUGCAUGGACCAGAUCGAUGGGUUAGAGCCAGAGUCGGGUCUGGAGGAACGGGACAAGAGGAUGGAGGUCUCAAACCAACUGUCUCAAGACCUUCAGGCGAGCUUUGAGCAAGCAGAACAAAGGGACUUAUCCCAAGGUGUGCAUCCUUAUCUUGGAAAGCUCGAGCAGUGUCCUGAGUCCAUUGAGGAACCUGGGGAGGAGGUGGAUGGGUUGAUUCUGUAUCAGACAGUUGAGGAAGAGACAGCUGAAAACUCUAUGGAGUCUGGAAACCUGAUGGGGAACACAUCUGGAGAGUUUCUGCAAGCGAGAGAAAUUGCGGAAAAUUCCAGAGAGGAGGGUUCGAUGGAGCGUACAGAUCUUUCUGAUCAGGUGGAUGAGAUCUCAGAAGGGCAGGUGGAUCAUGUUUCUCUGAUGGAUGUUCCACUAGUUCAACCCUGUUGUGAAACGGCAGAAAAGGCGGUGAAACAGCUCGACACCAAAGCCAGCGAGAUAGAGCUGGACAGCAUUUACUCAGAGUGUGUACAACCCUCCUGCCCCUCCACUUCCCUCUCAUCCCUUACGGUAGCAUCAAAGCCUGAUGAGGCCGCCGUAAAGAGCGGCGGAGGAGCUGGAGUCAAACCUGAAGUCUCCACGGAUCAGGAAAACUAUGACAGGACAGUCGAAGACUGUAAGAGCAGAGCCCUGACUCUCUCCCUUGAUCAGGAGGGCAAAGACAAUCUGCUUGAACGAAAUGAAAUCAAAGUUGCCCCCGCUCUACCUGCAAACAGCACCGACACAAAACCACUGGAUCUUAAAUCUUCUCUUUUACCGAACAGUGUUGGUGAGAAGAAAGCAGCUCAGUUGGAGCUACCGGUCAAGGUAGAGGAGACAAAAUCAGAGAUUGUCGAGGAAGCGCUACCCGUCUACCCUGACAGCUCUGAGGUCAAACCUUCGAAGUUUCUUGCUUAUGCCGUUAAGUCAGAAGACCUGGUGACCAAAGCUGAGCAGUUAGACUAUCCUGUGAAACAAGAAGCACUGGAGGCCAAACCUGAAGACCUAAGCCUGUCCAUGAAGCCUGAGAGCUUCGACAGUAAACCCGAAGUUCUCCAGUUUGCAUCCUUCUCAGACGGCACUGAAAUCAAACCUGAAGCCAAACCAGUAGCUCUCAGCUUUGCUUGCUAUCCAGAUGGAGCCAAGCUUAAGAGUGAGACAAAGCCGGAAGGUUUAAGGUUAACAGCUUUUCCUGAUGCGUCCGCGAUCAAGCCUGAAGCCAAGCCAGAGGACCUGGAGUUUACAACCUACCCAGACAGCUCUGAGAUCAAACCUGAGGCCAAGCCAGAGGGCCUCGAGUUUACAGCUUUACCCGAGAUCAAAGCUGAGGCGAAGCAGGAGCUGUUGGAGGCCGACAGCACAGUCCUGACCCCAAAGCUGGAGCAGGCGGACGGGCUGGUGGAUGCCUCAGAGAGCCUGGUGGUGGUGAAAGGCCAAGUGAAGGAGGAGAGACCAAGUACACCAGUGCCUGUGGUGGAAGGUUAUGCGGGCAGCCCCAGGUUUGCUACUCCUAUUUCCAUGGGUGAGAUUCCCGACAGUCUCCACGACACCAGGGAGCCGACCAUCGCUCAGCUCUUACAGGAGAAAGCACUUUACUCGUUUUCUGAGUGGCCAAAGGACCGGGUGAUCAUCAACCGUCUGGACAGCAUCUGCCACGCCAUCCUGAAAGGGAAGUGGCCUUGGCCAAGCGAGCAGCACGACUCGCCCGGCUCCCUGACCGCCAACUCCUGCCUGGCCAACAGCUUAGCCCAGCAUCACCACCACCGAGCGGGAUUCCUCCCCACCACAGCCCCGAGCUCCGUCCCAGGCCAGGCCAGAGUCCAGCAGGCAAACCCUGGACUGGGGUUCCCCAUCCCCCCACCUCUAACAAGACUACCUAAGUACAUGCCGCGGGGCGGCGCAUGCGGGCGCGGAGCUUGGCGCCUCACCUCCUUGCCUCUCUUACAGGAGAGGCUCGUGGCUCCUCCGUUCCUCCCCGAGCUCAAACGAGCAGGAGGUCGGAGGUCAUUCGACUAUGAAGCCGCUGCCGCUGCAGCCGCUGCCAAGGUUUUAGCUGGGAAAUCAGCAUCAUCAUGCCACGCUGCUGCCACCACGAGCUCUGGUGGUGAGAAGGUGCCGGUGGUGGCCCCGCCCUCUCACCGUACAGGAGCCAUGUUGAUCAAUGGUUGGCAAGAAGCAGCCAUUGAUUUAACCAAGUCAUCUGCAGAAAUAAGCACCACUAGUGGCAUUGGGACGGGUGAGGCUGUGGUUGCACCAGGAAUCAGCCACCACGGUGCUGGUCCUGGCAGCAGCCAUAAGCUGCCGCCGCCACCCCCCAUCACGGCACCCUUACCAGGCCCUGUGGGAAUCGACAUGGCCGGGAUACUGCAGGCCGGGCUCAUCCAUCCUGUAACAGGGCAAAUAGUUAACGGGAGCCUGAGGGGAGAUGACUCACUGAGGAGGAGGAGAGGGAGGAGGAGAAACGUGGAAGCUCUGUACUCUGAGUUCACCAAGAGCCGAGGACUGCACCUCCCUGAGACACAGGGCCGGGCGGAGGUGAUCAGCCACUCCUCCGUCUCCUCCUCCACCUCCUCGCCGUCCCCCUCUCCUUCAGAGCGACCCGCGGGUCCUCCCACGCCGUCCUCCUCUUCUACUCCCACCCCCACUCAGACACCUCCUCAGCCAGAGAUCGUGGCCAUCGACAGAGAGGCAGCCAGCAAAGGCCUGAUCGAGUGGCUGAGACAGAAUCCGGGCUACAGCAUGGAUCUGCCCGCAUUCGCUCAUUCGGGAGCAGGUCUGUUGCAUGGUUUCGUGGAGCGCCCCAAGCAGAGGAGGCAUCGCUGCAAAGACCCGACUAAGCUGGAUAUCAACUCUCUGACGGGGGAAGAGAGGGUUCCUGUUGUGCACCGGGGCACCGGACGCAGGCUUGGUGGCGCCAUGGCUCCAGCCAUAAAGGAGCUGUCCAGGUGGCUGGACGCCAACUCAGAGUACUACGUCGCUCCGGACUGGGCUGAUGUGGUCAAACACUCUGGUUUCCUCCCUGAGGGGAAGUUCUCUCGGAUCCUGACAGAACCGGUCAACAGAGACCCGGGCUCACGGCGCCGUGGGCGUCGACCUCGCAGUGAGAUGCCUAAGCCCCUGCUGUCCGUCUCCGACUCCUCCUCAUCUGGCCUCGGCCCUCCCCUCUUCAUGAACGGCGGUUUGAUCGGCAGCAUGGACUCCAUGGUGGCCAUGCAGAAUCUCCGUGGUGGUAUUCCUGGAAUUCCCAUCUCUGGGAUCAUGGCGGCUGGAUUCCCGCACGGUUUCCCUGCAGCUGUCCAGGCGGGAGGAGCCGGGACGUCGGCGGAAGACGCCAAGAACGGGUUGAGUAUGUUGCCCAUGAUGCUGCACGGCAUCCCGCACCCCCAUGGGGCUGCAAUCCCACAACACGCUUUGUUCAGUGUUGGUGCAAUGAUGGCGCACACGCCACCGCCCCCUCCUCCUCACCCCGCCGCCACCUCCUCCUCCUCGUCCUCUUCUUCUUCUUCGUCUGCUCCGAAGGUCACCACAACAACUGCACCCUCCACGUCUGAGGCUGCCAGCCCCUCGUCCACGACGCCUGCUGAGAGAGAGAUCGCUGCCUCUUCAGCCACCGGUGGUGAGAAGGAGAGGAGCCGGGAGGAGAAAGGCGCAGCGGAAGCCAACAAAAGGCCAGGAGGGGUGGAGGCUGCAGCCAUCAUUACCUCCACCGGCAGGGCCCAUCUUGGCUCUGCACAUCUUGGAGCCAGCACCGGCAGCCAUCUUACCUUCAACCCCUUCCUGAUCCCGGGCAUGUCCCACGGCCUGCUGUACCCGCACAUGUUCUUGCCGCACGGAGGCAUCAUGGCGCUGCCCGCCAUGCCUCCUGGUGCAGUAGACGGUUCCCCGGGAAGCCCAAAGAAGAGGAGGAAGAGAGGGAGGGAGGAAGGGGAGAGAGAGGAGGAGAGGGAGAAGGUGGUAACGGGAGAGUUAGAGGAGAGAGAAAGUACAGUUAAGGCUAGUGUUACCUCCCACCCGGCCUCCUCCUCCUCCGUUCCCUCUACCUCGUCUCCAGACGCAGGGCCACCUCCGACCGAAGAGCCCCAGACUGGGCAGGGAGACGGAGAGGACGGGCCUUCAGAGCCCCAGGAACCAGACUCCCAUAACCAUCCUGAGGGAGCAGCAACAGAGGAGAGCGAGGAGAGAUUGGAGGAGACAGGAGGAGAGGCAGUGGAGGAGGAGAAGCAGGAAACUGAGGAGCAGAGACAGGUGGAAGGAGAGGAAGCAUAGAGGAGGAGACAAACUGCAGGGGACAGAGAGACGAACCACUUCCUGCUCUCUCCUCCUGUCUCCUUCGUUGCUCUUUUUCUCGACUGAGCAACAGUGUAAAGUUUGUGCCGUGUCUGUCAGUCAAUGUCCAUGUAAAGACUUUUAUUAUGACGAUGACUAAUAAUAACGAUGAUGAUUAUAUUCAACUCGGUCAUGUUUAUAUACCAGGACCCCACCAACCCUCUCCACUCCCUCCUUGUAUACAAAAAACCUAGUGUAAGAAAAUGAUCUUCUGUGUAUUCUUCCCCUUCAUUCUGCAUCGAGACUGAGUCGGGAGGGACACUUCUCAACAGGAACACACACUCACACACACACACACUCACACACACACACACUCACACACACUCACACACACACACACUCACACACACACACACACACACACACACACACACACACUCACACACACACACACACACACACACUCACACACACUCACACACACACACACACUGCAGGCAAGAUGUGCUAACCAAGAAGCAGCUUUGGCAGUAACGCUGACGUGGUUAUGAGCUCAAAGUGAUGAUGCAGAUGGUUUUGGAUCAUGCAGCUUUGGUUUGGUGUGUUUGCCCCGUCACAGGGGCGACUGGAGCGCAGGGGCACAGCCAGGGGUGGUUUUCUAAAGUCGUUCUGAAUUUCUCUCCACAUUUUGCGAAUUCAGAGAAGCUCCGAGCAGAAGAGCGCUCGCGUAUCUUUACGUUCAAGGUCGAAAAAUGAGCCCGUUCACCUGAGUACUGUCAUGUUCCUUUGACUUCUUUUGAGGAUCAUUUUUGAUUAUCUCUGUGCAAUGUUCAAAAACCUACAGGGUUAGAGAAGCCUGGAAGUGUUAAGACUGUAGAGUCUGAACCAGCAUUCCCAGGCAUGUGACACUAAAACACCUUUUCCCAGUUGAUACUGAGGGAAAACAGGCAAGCUACUCUUCCAAGGAAACAGACGGCAGCCCAACUACGUAGUUUAGCCCUUUGGAAAAAGUACAUUUAGAUUUAAGACAAAUCAGGAAAAAAAAAAUGUUUGAUAGUUUUUUACCCGUUAAAAUCAAGAAAACUGUGACUGUCGCAAACAGUCACAAUAAAAGUGAUGUUAGGCAUGAAUGUUGUAUCUUAAUUUUAAGAUAUCGUUGUCUGGCACUCCCCCAUGUUUUAGAUACUGUCAUUCAUAUUUUCGUUUUACUGUUAUCGGUGCAUCACUAUGCCUUUGCUGCUAUGACUUCUUUUUAAGAAGAAGUUCAGAGAAAAAAAAAAAGUCCUUUAGUUUUCAGACUAGAAGAAUCUGAAUUCCAAGAAUAGGAACAGUGGAGUUAUUCAGAACAAGAGGAACUCCACCUUUUUUAUUUGCUUUUGUUGAUAAAAGAGAUUAACUUCAGUUUCUUUUAUUACUUUAUAGAUCAUGCAAAGAUUUUUUAAGAUUUUUUUUUUCUCAAACACAAAGUCACUUUGAGAGAAUGUCCCUUAAGAGUUCGGGUCUAAUCAGAAGAACUGAACGACAAGAAUUUCAAAGUUAAGAGCUCAGUCAAGCCACCAGGGGGCGGUAGGAGGCAGAUUUGAUUGUAUCCUGUCCCGCAGAUGCUGGGUUGGAGGGAUGGUAGGAGGGGAAAAAAAAAAAGAGGAGAAGAGAUUUUUUUUUAAUUUUUAAUUUUGCCCUGGGGUUUCUUUAAUCAGGUUCCCAAAUGACAUUAACUCACAGCCAAUCAGUUUAUCAGUGGCUCAUCAGUGGUGAGAAAAGGCUGCUGCAGAACGGUUGCAAUCAUGACCUGUAGCAUCACGUCAUUUCUGUUCUGGCCAUACCGUACCAUACCGGAUUCGGCCUUCAGAGAAAUAUUAUCUGUGCGUUGUCGACCAUCUGUCCAGGGAAAGGGAAUAGUCUGUUCUUUAGGAAUGAAGAACAGAUGACACAGGAAGAGGAGGGAAACAAAGCGGUGUGAAUCACUCGGGCUGAGUGCCUCGUCGUUGCUCUGUCUCGUUUCUUUUCCUCAGAUUAGUUUUAAUAGCAGUUCAUACUAAGAGUUUCUAAAUAUGUAAAUCUAUCGCUGUAUAUUGCUGUUUAAUUUUUUUUUUUUUUUUUUUUUUAAGUGCACCAUUUAUUUCUUUCAUCUUUUGUUUGUUUCUCCAGUGGGAAAAAAAAAAUACUUGACAUAUGCGAGGGGAUUUUGCAUUGAGGUUAGUCCCAGUGUUUCCUGUGUCAGACAGACUGUACUGUACAUUAAAUGGAUGCAAGUCUCCGGUUUUAUUCAGUCUUUUCACAACAGGGUCUGUACUUUGGGGGUAUAUGUCAGAUGUUUCUGCUUAUAAUGUUGGACUUCACUUCUUUUGUUUUCAUACAUGAAAACAUUAUUUUUGCACAGUGUCUUUUUGUGAAUGUUAACCUGUUUCUGUACUGUCUUUUCUUUCCUUCACAUGUGUGAGGGUGUGUGUGACGACGGGAGAGAGAGAGAGAGAGAGAGUGUGUGUGUGUGUGUCUGUGUGCAUGCAUGCGCACACGUUUUUGUUGUGGAGCUGUGUUUCUGUUUCUGUCUCGUUCUUACAGGUCACAUUUCUUGUUGGGAAAAAAAAAAAACAUAGUUGUUGCCUUGUCACAAGUUUGUGGCUCCAUAUAAUUUAUUAUACUUUUCUUUUGCUUUGCCAAACUUUCACCAAAUAUGACAUUCUUUCUCUCUUAGUUUCAUUAUGUAUUAUUCAAAGUUAAAAAAAAAAAAUGCCUUAUUUAGCUAGUAUUUUUUGUAUAGAAGUUCUGUUACAUCUCCAUAUAGGGACAUGUUAUCGUGUUUGUGUUCGGUUUGUCCUUUUCUUGUACGCGUACACGGCCUUGGUGAUGUGCAUUAACUUCAAAAGCCAACAGUAAUGCAAAGGUACCACUGUCCAAAUCGCUGCGUUAAUUCCCAGAAGUCAAUCAGUCAUCCCUCAAAGCACAAAAGGAGAGUUAACAAAAAGUGACUGUUUUCUUACCAGUGCCUCUAAAAUGAUUUAACGUGGUUUCUCUUUUUGUGGCUUCACUUGCUCUAAGGAGAGCAGAGGGCGCGAGGCUCCUCCGGCUCUGGACCCAAACACGUCUUUGAGUCCGACCAAAAGCAAACGCACAGAUUCAGGCUCAUGCAGAAUGAAGAUGGUUAAUGUCUGCAAGUUUCUGAAGGACAAACAUACAUGUCUCAGAUUUCACUGACUGAAUCUGUGCGAUACCCUGAGAUUAAAGCUGCUCCUCAGUUUACCGCAGCAGUUACAGGGAAAUCCAGGGGACUGAAUCCUGCAGUUGCUUUCAGUUGGACUCAAAGACAAGUUUGGAAAGCUGACGGAGGUUCAUGCUCUUCGCCCUAAUCAGUGUCAUUCUUACCAAUGUUCACUCUCUGAAAUCUCUGCAGUGGAGGUGAGGAGUAAGCUGUUAUGGGAUACAGGUUGAGAAUCACCGGAAUUUCCCUUUAAGGACGGUUCUUUAAUCCCAUACCAUUGUGUUUGGUAUUUAUCACGUGUUAUGUUUCCAAAUCGAGCAUUUGAUUGUUCUUGUGUGUUUGUGGAGAUUCCUGAGGGAAAAACAAAAACAAAAGAAGCAUCAGUAAAUCAGAAGAGGAAGCCAGAUGUUAUGUACCACAGCUCAAUUAUCCGAAAAAGAAAAACAAACUUUUAAUUCUGCAGCCCACGUUCGCGCAUCAUUUCCUGUUACUGGUGUGUUCUUGUGUACAAACUUGAAACAAACCCGUAGGUGCGGUAUAUGACAGCAGCUGGAGGUGGGUGACGGCGAUGGCUCUGUACUGUCUGUUCAUGUCUCACCAUGCCUUCUUUAACAGUGUUCUCUCUUUUCGUUGAAGUCCUUUUGGUUAAAUGUUCCUCAGAACGGUCACCUCAGAAAUGUUGUUAACGUUUAUCUCAUCAUAAAUAACGUAUUUAUUGUGCAGUUUUUGUCUUUACAUCGUUGUGUCAUGACUGAUUAAUGGCUGGUUGUGUUGCUCUUGAACGUCUCCAGAAAGACAAAAGUGUUUUGGUUCACAUGGAAGUUAAACUGUCAGCUUUUUUCUUUGUAGCCCUCGUCACCUGCUAAUCUGCUUUUUAGACCUGAUGACGUGGCCGAGAGGCCGUAGAACAUCUCCUCUGCAUUCAGCGUACAGCAAUUCAGGGAACAGAGCUACAGCGUUUGUGCCAUACAAUAAUAAUCAGACUGAAGGGAACUGUUUGGGAUCAUUAGGCUGAAACAACCUGCGGUGUCCUUUCCCACAGCCCAGGGCGCAGCUAACCGGUUCCCCAAAUUAGAAACCGUACAUUUCUGCAUUUAAGGAGAAGGCGACUGAAAAGGAGCAGACACAGCAGUUAAUCUGCUCUGCUUCAGCAGCUGCUCACCUGAACUCAGACCCAGGCGUAGAUUUACACACUUACAGCUCCUGCUAAUGUUUUUUUGAGGGGAAAACAUCUUUCUUUGCUUUUGCUUUCUCAGUAUUUUUUUUUUUAAAUCACAACAUUAGUCACACGGAUCCAGUUCCAGAAUCAGCUGAUUGACCCUGAAUCCGAUGACCCAUUCUGUUAUGUUUUUUCCUUUUUGUGAGUUUUAAAAAGUUUUGUCUCUGACAUGAUAAUGGCAGUGAAACGUUGACCACCCUCCCACUGGACCUGGUUCGUUCUGCUGUUUGACUGAGUCUGAGAAACCUGGGUUUGUCUCUGUCACCAUGACGACCGGCCUUCAUUUAUUCAGGGGUCCAACGUUUAAGCUUCCUCAUUCUUAAGUGAGACACUGAACCCCUGUCAGCUGAUCCGUAUCUGACCUUUGACCUCCCCGUAGAAGGGAGCCAGUUUCGCUUUGUGGCAGGAUAAAUAUCAUGAAAUCAAACAGGAGGAAAGAAAAGCAGGAUGCAGCCAGGUUACGUGACAUUAACACACACAGCCUCAGAACGCAGACAACCUCCAAACACACUCCAAAGCUCCGGCUCUGAACACACAGUCAAACAGGAUUAACAGAUGUGACACAAAUCUAAAUGUGCUUCAAAUCUAAUGUUCCAUAAAAAAAAUCUAAAUAUCAAAACGCAUUUUGCCUUUUAAAAGAGAAUCAUAUAAAAAUGAGAAAAUCCCUGAGUCAGUACACGACUCUCUGUCUGGAUUCUUUACAGGCUGGUUUCACAGACACUGAAAUAUUAUCUUGGCAUAAGAGGCAGAUAUAUAAUAAGAAUUACAGCUCCUACGGUCUGUCUCCCUGCUCUGUGCCAUAAUCUGAUAUUGGCUGUUUUAAGACUUUGCUGCAGCUUUAGCACUCUUGUAAUUCCCGUUUACAGAAAGCUCAUAAACAUGUUACCUUCUGUUUCUGCAGAAUGGCGGCGUGUCGGCGUGCGGAGGAAAUAAACUCAAUUCAUAGACUCAUCUCUGAGACAUUAAACCAAACUACGUCACAAUAAUCCCACGUUUUUGAGUUUGCUUCUAUCUUACUGUUCCCGUUUUUCAAAACGAGACCAGAUCGUGUGUUAGAGAGAAACAGCACAGCCUCGCAACUUCAAAACAAAACCGAGUACAAUCAAUCACAAAAAUCUGCCAUAAUCGAUCAGUCAGCAGUGAACGAAAGUGAAGGCAGCAGGUUUAUCAGUGCGGAUAAAUAAGUUCAUCACCUCGUCUGAAUUCAUGUCUGUGAAACCACCCACAUCAGUCUAACUACGACAGGGAGGCUGGAUGAUAUGUGACUGAACCAAGUGUGUUCAAACAAGUGGAGAAAGGACAAAGUGACUGAUCCUGACGUCAGAAACCUGCUCAUUACUAAGUACGUUUUGUGGUGGGGUUUUUAUCUUCCUUUCUUUUGUUUUCUUAUUUGUAACUAUAGCUCUCUGUAUUCCCAUGUGGACCAAUCUCAUGAGUCAAAACAUGGUAUGUGUGAUCUUUUAUUGUGCAAUAAAAGAUGACUUUCAACUUU